AUGGACGGUUGUAUGGAAUGUUUUAUGGGGUCAUAUGCUCCUGCGGGCGCAACAUCUUGCAAGGACUGUCCUGUUGGCACGAUGGUGAAUGACAACCACAGUGGAUGUAACGCGUGUCCUCCGGGUACUUUUGCGGCAAACACGGGUUCUUAUUAUUGUGACCAUUGUGGGGCGGGGCAAUACACUUCGACUAGUGGUUCGACUUCAUGUAAAAAGUGUACUUCGGGGUAUUACGCGUCUUCUGGUGCAACUUCUUGUACAAAGUGUGCUGCAGGUACUUAUUCAGUUGGGAGUGUUGGGUAUUGUACUCCAUGUAGUUCGGGGUAUUAUUCAUCCACUACAGGCGCCACAUCAUGCACCAAAUGUGCAGUUGGGUAUGUUUCAUCUUCAUAUCCAUAUCCAACGUCAUGUACCCAAUGUAAAGCUGGAACGUACACAAACAGUGACAAUUCGUAUUGUACGGCGUGUCCGUAUGGGACCUACUCUAAAGAUUCUGCAACGUCUUGUACAACAUGUCCUGCAGGAACUUACUCUGGACUGACUUGUACAUCUUGUACAACUUGUGUUAAAGGCCAAUAUUCAGAAGCAAAGUCAAUUUGGUGCUCUGAUUGUCAACCAGGAACUUAUUCCUCAGUCGAUGGGGCUUCUUCAUGUUCAAAAUGUGCUGCGGGGUAUACAUCUUCUAUGAGUUCUUCUAUAUGUACUAUGUGUUCUGCAGGAACUUAUGCCGCGACUGCUGGUUCUCCAACAUGUACAAAUUGUUCAACUGGUUCCAUUUCUGUAACUGGUGCAAUAGAGUGCACUAAAUGCCCAGCAGGGACGUAUUCUGUGAAUAGAGUUUCCUGUGAAAAUUGUGGGGCUGGGACGUAUUCAAUUCUUGGGUCUGGAUCUUGUACAUCUUGCAGUCCUGGCACAUUUUCUAAUACAACACGACUUUCUUCGUGUUACAAAUGUCCUGCUGGAUAUUACAAUCAGCAAUAUAAUCGUACAAAUUGUGACGCUUGUCCUUCUGGAAGUUUUUCAUCUUCAGAGGGGUCUUCACAGUGUACUGGGUGUGCAGCGGGAUAUUAUGCGACUUCUGCUGGAAGUGUAUCAUGUAACAAAUGUACUUUGGGGUACAUAUCUGCUGCAAAUGCUACUAAAUGUAUUAUCUGUCCUGCUGGGACAUAUUCAAACUCAGAUGGGACUUCUUGUGUCAAGUGUUCUGCUGGGUAUUAUUCAGGGAGUGGGGUGUCCACGUGCACUCAGUGUCCAACAGGGAAAUACUCCUCCUCAACGGGUUCAUCGACGUGUUCUUCAUGUGCAUCAGGGACUUAUGCAGACACACUUGGUACUAUUAAUUGUACUCAAUGUAGUGCGGGGUAUUAUUCAAAUACAGGAGCAUCGGUAUGUACCAAGUGUCCUCUUGGGACAUACUCAAGUUUAAAAGGAUCGAGUUCUUGUCUUAAAUGCCCAAAAGGACACUUUACAUCAAGUGAAGGUUCUACCUCAUGUAAUGCGUGUGCGACUGGUACACAUGCUUCCACUGAAGGAUCUUCAACUUGUGAAAAUUGUGAGAGUGGACAAUAUACAAAUGUCACAGGAACAAUUGAUUGUACUUUGUGUCCGUUGGGAUAUUAUUCAAAUGGAGGUGCUUCCCAGUGCACCGCUUGUUUGGUUGGGACAUAUACACCCACAACUGGAACAUCCGUUUGUGUCAGUUGCACAUCCAUAAGUUGUAAGACCUGUAUGUCUACAACGGGAAAGUGUACUUCGUGUAAUUUGGGUUAUUCAUUUUCGGAAUCAACAGGAUGUUCUAUAUGUCCUGCUUCGUAUUACUCGAUAGGAGGGACUUCUUUGUGUUCCAAAUGUGAGACAAACAGUUAUUCGUUAAUUGGGUCAUCAAAGUGUUCAAUGUGUUCAUCAAGUUGUAACACAUGUAAUCAAACGAAUGGCGAUUGCACAUCGUGUUUUGCUGGGUUUGCACUUAAAGAUGGAAGUUGUGGAGGAUGUGCCAAAGGCAAAUACUCUUCAAAUGGGGAGUGUCUUGCAUGUCCUGAAAUGACAUACACUGAUAAAGAGGCGAGUCCAUAUUGUGAAAAUUGCAAUUCGACAUGUCAAAGUUGUGACAAAACAACAGGUGAAUGUACUUCAUGUGCAGCAGGGAUGGGUAUAUCAUCAAUGGCCUGUUUGACGUGUGUUGCAGGUACUUACAGUACGCCAAGUUCUCUUUGUGAGAUGUGUCCGCUUGGGACUUAUUCAUCAACACAGAAGAGUACUCAAUGUUCCAAUUGUGUUGAUGGCACAUAUACGAACACCCAAGGCUCACAAAUCUGUAAAACAUGUAGCAAGUUGUGUCGUGGACCAUGCGAUAAAGUAACUGGAAACUGUUUGAGUUGUGUUGAUGGUACAGUACUUUCGAGUGGUGUUUGUGUUGAGUGUAAAGCGGGUACAAAGUCGAAUCAAAACACGAAAACGUGUGACAAUUGCCAACCGGGCACAUACUCUGGGAGUAUGUAUUCUGAAUGUAAAAGUUGUGGUGAGAUGACUUACUCUCUUUCGGGUGCUUCUUCAUGUUCAUCAUGUGACUCAAAAUGUGUUGGGUGUAUAUCCACCAAUGGUAACUGCAUUAGUUGUGUUUCUGGGUAUGGUUUGUCAUCAGGAAAGUGUCUUAUUUGUUUGAGUGGAACACGUUCAUUGUUUUCACGAUGUGUCAGUUGUGAAGAAAUGACGUAUCAAGACGUCGAGGGCCAGACAGAGUGUAAAAUGUGUGAUAUAUCAUGUGCAAGUUGUGAUGCUAUAAGUGGGAAAUGCAAGAGUUGUACAAGUGGGUAUGGAUAUAGCAAUGGGGCGUGUGUACAAUGCGAUGAGCUGAAGUAUUCCCUUGGUGGAACAACACAAUGCCAGCAAUGUUCCACCCUAUGCCAACGAUGUGAUAGAAAAAGUGGGGCAUGCACCACAUGUGAAGAUGGUCAAAAGAAAAUGAACAACAUAUGUGUCUCAUGUUGCUCAACAGGCAACUGUGCUUUUUGUGAUGAAAAUGCAGUCGAGAGCAGUCGGGUGUGUUCUGAAUGCAAAGAAGGGUAUUACCGAGAAAGUACUGGAGAGUGUCAACCGUGCUCAUCACUUCACCCAAACUGUAUAAAGUGCUCACAGAAAACAAAAGAGUGUCUUUCAUGUUCAGGCAAUUUAAUAGUCAAUGGCGACACGUGUAUUUCGUGUGAAAGUGGAAAGGUGAAGAGCACAGAUACGACGUGUGUAAACAUCUAUGAUGCCAUUCCAAUGUGUCAAAGAGGUGAUUAUAUUAACAAUGAGCAGGUCUGUAAUGUAUGCUUCCCGCCUUAUUAUGUAACAGCAGGAAAAAAGUCGUGUUCACUUGCUUACACGGACACAACACACUACAACAAUAGUAGUGCAACAAAGAAAGAUAACAUAAAUGGGUGUACACACCAAGUAAAUGAUGUGUGUUAUUUGUGUACCUCAAACUGCGUGUUAAUAAGUGGAGUCUGCAAUAACAAGAGCACAGACUGUACAACAUAUUCCACACACGGCUGUGAAAGUUGUGUCACAGAAACUAUUACUUCAACUGGAAAGUGCACAAGUGGAGACAAAUGCAAAUACACGGCCACCACAGCAGAUAAAUCAGUCUGCUUGUCAUGUACUGAUGACAAAUUGUGUGGUAUUGCGGAUGCCAAUUGUGAAGUUUCACGGAAUGGGUACUGCUUUGCUGGAAAAAGUGGGUAUUACACAACUCGACAGGACAGUGUAGAGCCAUGUAGUAGUGCAGUUUGUACAUUUUCUGGUGAUUUAGUAAAAGAUUUGAAGUGUAGUAACACUACUGUUUUGAGCGAUGAUGUAUGUAUUGAAGAUGAUAAUUGUAUUACUAAAUCUGGUAGUGAUUCUGUCAAGUGUACAUCAAGUUACCAUAUUACAAAAGCCAAAUGUGUAUCAAAUAGUGUGCAUUGCCUUCUUGAGAACAGUAAAAUAUGUAUUAAAUGUGGCAGUUCAAUCAACGUUAAUGGGGUGUGCACAGACAGCACCUCAAUUCAUUGUGCUGUAUACGACAAUGUGUGUGUUACAUGUGAUCCCGGGUAUUAUCGAGAUGUUGAUGGGUGCAAAGAGAAGAGUGGGUUCUCAUUGAAUUGUGGAGUUAUAUCUUCCCUCAAACAGAAGUGUGUUGAAUGUGAAGUUGGCUUUGUUUUAAGUGGCAUUUCAUGUGUUAUUAUGACAAACGAUACAGAAACACAAGAUAAUAUAACAAAGGAUUUUAUAAGUAAAACAACAAUAAAAGAAGACAGCACAGAUCAUUGUCAGGAGUCUACCAGUAAAGGGUGUCUUCGAUGUGAAAGUGGGUAUUAUUUGAGUGAUGGGGGGUGUGUCGUAUGUGUAUAUCCCUGUGUAUAUUGUUCAAAUAGUACCUUCUGUACAAAGUGUGAUUCGUACUCGUACGCAAAUAGUGAAGGUAAAUGCACAGAAAUUAACGCACUUGUUUCUGUCUGUAAUGUGCUGAUGUCCACAUAUCGUGGGUGUGUUGUAUGCAAAGAGGGAUACAUGAGAUCGGCGGAUGGCACCACAUGUGAGCGUUGUGACAUUUCUUGUAAAAGUUGUACGAACGAAGGAAGUUGUAUUCUCUGUAAUGACACGUUUUAUCGUAUUCCAUCUAACCCCACAAAGCUGUGUUUACCACAGAGUGAGUUAAUUGGGUGCACCAACACGACUACGAGCGGGUGUACACAAUGUGAAGUGGACUAUUUUGUCUUCGAACAACAGUGUUCAAAAUGUAAAGAAAAUUGCACUUCAUGUGACAGUAUUGAUGAGUGCACUGCUUGUAUUGAGUCCCACAUCCUACUGUCUGGUGGUUGUUCACACUUUUCAGCAGUCCAGCACUGCACUCGGUCUUCCAAUAGUUUCUGUGACACUUGUGAGAGUGGGUUUAAAUUAAGUGUAGAUAAAAUGAGUUGUCAGCCAUAUACCAAUUAUGGAGUCUACAUUGGUGUUCCCUUAACAGUGGUUUUUGUCGUUCUAGUGAUAGUUGUAGUUCUUGUAAUUGCCGUUAUUAUAUUUCUAAUUCGUCACAAGGAGAAUAAGAAGUUAGAAAAUGUCUGUGUCUUCAAGAUGAGUCGCUCAAAUAUAGCAAUGAACUUAUUAGAAGGGAACAUUUUGACAAACAAAAAAUCGUUGACCUUUAGUGACGAGAGCGAAGUUAUACCCGUUGAAUCUGAGAGUAGAGAGCUUCUCUGUAUUGGAUACAAAGGAACAAGUAUAAUGAAAGUCCAAAUGACAACUCGUGGUGGAUGCGACAAAUAUUCCAUUCGCACAGUCCCACAACUUGUUACAUUAAAAAAAGGAGAGGCGUGUGAGUUUGAGGUAUUUAUAGUUCCACAUUGUACAAUGAAACUACAAGACGAACUUAUGAUAGUUACUAUGGACAUUCAAAAGGGGGAGACGUCUUAUGUUUCCAUUAAAAUCGAACCCACCACUGAAAACUCGACUAAACUUGAUUAUGACGAGUUGAUUGAAGACUCCAAAUUGGGAGAAGGAUCCUUUGGAAUUGUAUAUAAAGGCACUUACCGAGGGAAGUGUGUUGCUAUAAAGAAGAUGAAAGAAAUCUCUUUGGAAGAUCAAGAACAGGCGAUAGAAGAGUUUAAAAAGGAGGUGGAUAUGUUAGAUAAGUUCCGGA